ACAACUUCCCACCUCUGCCGUUGCUCGCCACGCGAGGAUAAACAAGCUAUUCUUCAGGACUAUGUCUUAGAAUUAGGGACAGCUAUAAUAAAUAAAAAAAUGACUUAAUUGGUGGAGAGCGUGUGAGACAUUUAAUAUUUUGGCUUUGUAGUAAUAUAUUUUAAUACUAAACCUACCCUUUUCCGCGUUGUCAGUUUGUCAUUGCAAUGGUUUGCACAUUUUUGACCUUUGAACCCACGUGCUCUGCUUCGCCAUGCUUUCAUUUCGUUUUGUGUACGUCGCUAUGAGCGUGUUUUGUGUUUUAAGUUUAAUCUAAUUUUACCGUAUAUUUAGGUCUAAAUUUAUUUAGGUCUUUGUUAUUUAUGUGAAUUGAAUAUCGUGGUAACCUCAGUGAAGCUGUGAUCCUUCCUAUAUUUCGGUGAGCAGAGAGGAAAAGUUGAAUCAAGAAUAUGGAUGACGAAGUAAACAGCAAGGCUUACCCGCUGGCAGAUGCUGAGUUGACGAAAACCAUCCUUGACAUGAUACAGCAAGCUUCAAACUAUAAACAACUGAGGAAAGGAGCUAAUGAAGCAACCAAGACAUUGAACCGUGGGUUGUCCGAACUCAUCGUGUUGUCUGCUGAUGCCGAACCUUUGGAAAUAUUGCUACAUCUGCCUCUCCUGUGUGAGGAUAAAAAUGUUCCGUACGUUUUUGUACGCUCCAAGCAAGCGCUGGGCAGAGCAUGCGGGGUAUCGCGACCUGUGAUAGCAGCUUCUGUGACAUCAUGCGAAGGUUCUCAGUUGAAAUCGCAAAUAGAUUCUCUUCGUGGAAGGAUUGAAAAGUUGCUCGUUUAAUCUUCACAUUCUUUCUUUGGCAACAAAAUCUUAAUUUUUUGGAAACACCAUUCACUGCCGAUUUAACGCAUCGUGUACAAUUGUAUAAUACAACAGAGCAGCAAAAUUCA